AUGACUUACGUCAACCAAGGCAGCGUGCUUGGCGUCGGCGUUCUCUUUACCCUGCUGGGAACCUUGGCCAUAGCCGCUCGGUUUUAUGUCCAAGGUCGAAGUAGGCGGUUGGGAGCUGAUGAUUGGAUUGCCCUGGCAGCAUGGGUACUCGUGACAGCUGACGCUGCGAUCAUGAUCGCCGGUGCCACGACACGUACCGUGGGCAGCCAUUCACCUGAAGGGAUUGCCACCGAGAUUCUCUACUACGAUGGAUGGGACCAAGUUCUGCUGGAACGGUUCGAGUUCCCCUUCGAUCUCUUCCAAAUCGUGGCGCUGGCAACCCUCAAACUCUCGGUCCUGUUCUUCUACCGGAGAAUCUUUGUGGGACGGAUCUUCAACAUCGCCAGCUGGGUGCUGACCGGGGUGGUGAUCGUCUGGGCAGCGACCUUUGUGAUUGCAAUUCUGUCGGCAUGUGGCACGCGGAUUAUGGCCAAUUUCGGCACCCUGGGCGAUCUCAAGACCGAAUGUGUGGAUACCUUUUCCAUUCUGAUCGCCCUCGCAGCGUCAGAUGUGACGGUGGACCUGAUCAUGCUGGCCAUUCCCCUGCCUCUGGUACUGUCUCUCCAUCUGCCGUUGAAGAAGCGCAUCGGGAUCCUCGGAGUCUUCCUCGUGGGAUCAGCUGCCACGGCAUGCGGUAUGGCUCGGAUGGCGCUCUUCGCCAGCAUCCUCGGACCCAAAUUAUUCUCCGAAAAGACCGUCGGGGGCGUCUCCUCGAGCGAUGACAUCGGCAUCGUCAGCAUCCUCAUGUUCUGGGGCAUGCUGGAGAUCGGCAUCGCCAUCGUCGCCAUCUGUCUCCCCAUCAUCUACCGGCUCGCCCGGGACGCUUCACCGGGCCAUUUCCUCAACAGCCUGUUGAGUCUCCGACCCCUCCGUGGCUCCACGACCAGCAAGAAUGCGUCCUUCACCGAGUUGGAUUCGCAUCAAAUCCAGGGCUCGCUGCCACAUCACUCCAGGGGUUACCGCGAUGAUAGCAGUGCGGAUCUCCGAGUCCCCCUGAGUCCCGGAAGGAGUCCCGGAGCCCCGGGAUGGUCAUCCAUGUGGAAGGAUGAUUCAUCUUCCGUCCCCCUGCAGGGUCCGGUACAUGCGGUUGCGGUGAGGGAGGAGUCUCGUGGGUUGGACCCCGCUACGGGUCAGAUCUGGGAGAUGCGCGAGAUUAAACAGACGGUUGAGGUGGUUUGA